AUGGCAUCGAAUAAAAAAGAUCAGAUAAAAGUAGAAGGUAUACAUGGCAGAUAUGGACGAUUUAGAGAUAAUAGAAAUUAGAAUGAUAAGGACAAGCAUUAAGUACCUUUCUUAGUUAGAACACAUUGGAAAAAUGGAUAAAUCACUUUAGAAGACUUCAACAAGAAUUAAACCUAAGAAAUAUUACUUUAUCUAUUCUUGAGUUCUAAAUUGAGAGACAUUGUGGAUCAAUUAAAAUAUCAAUUGAAUGGAGUUUAUCGAAGAGAUAUUAUGUUUAGAGUGAGCAAUGUCUAUCUGGAUUAACAUGGAGUUCAAAAGAAAAAGGAUUUGGGAUAAGUCCAUUCUGUAAAGUCUGGAAAGGAAGAUGACUCAGAUCUAAAAAAUCAUGGUUUUAAGAUAGGAGAUAUUUUAAUGGUUGAAAUUGAAACGAAGAGUUAAAAUAAACAGCCCAUUUCAUAAAUAGCUAAAGAAUGA